AUGGAUUCUCAUCCCUCACAUGGUGAGUACACGUCUCCGGUGCAAGAGGAUGGUGAGUACAUGUCUCCGGUGCAGGAGGACGGUGAGUACAUGUCUCCGAUGCAGGAGGAUGGUGAGUACAUGUCUCCGGUGCAGGAGGACGGUGGGUACACGUCUCCGGUGCAAGAGGACGCUGAGUACAUGUCUUCGAUGCAGGAGGAUGGUGAGUACAUGUCUCCGGUGCAGGAGGACGGUGGGUACACGUCUCCGGUGCAAGAGGACGCUGAGUACAUGUCUCCGAUGCAGGAGGACGGUGGGUACAUGUCUCUGGUACAGGAGGACGGUGGGUACACGUCUCCGGUGCAGGAGGACGGUGGGUACAUGUCUCUGGUACAGGAGGACGAUGGGUACACGUCUCUGGUACAGGAGGACGGUGGGUACACGUCUCCGGUGCAGGAGGACGCUGGGUACACGUCUCCGAUGCAGGAGGACGCUGGGUACACGUCUCCGGUGCAGGAGGACGCUGGGUACCCGUCUCCGGUGCAGGAGGACGCUGGGUACACGUCUCCGGUGCAGGAGGACGCUGGGUACACGUCUCCGGUGCAGGAGGACGCUGGGUACACGUCUCCGGUGCAGGAGGACGCUGGGUACACGUCUCCGGUGCAGGAGGACGGUGGGUACACGUCUCCGGUGCAGGAGGACGCUGGGUACACGUCUCCGGUGCAGGAGGACGCUGGGUACACGUCUCCGGUGCAGGAGGACGGUGGGUACACGUCUCCGGUGCAGGAGGACGGUGGGUACACGUCUCCGGUGCAGGAGGACGCUGGGUACACGUCUCCGAUGCAGGAGGACGCUGGGUACACGUCUCCGGUGCAGGAGGACGCUGGGUACCCGUCUCCGGUCCAGGAGGACGCUGGGUACCCGUCUCCGGUGCAGGAGGACGCUGGGUACCCGUCUCCGGUGCAGGAGGACGCUGGGUACACGUCUCCGGUGCAGGAGGACGAUGGGUACACGUCUCCGGUGCAGGAGGACGAUGGGUACACGUCUCCGGUGCAGGAGGACGAUGGGUACACGUCUCCGGUGCAGGAGGACGAUGGGUACACGUCUCCGGUGCAGGAGGACGAUGGGUACACGUCUCCGGUGCAGGAGGACGCUGGGUACACGUCUCCGGUGCAGGAGGACGAUGGGUACACGUCUCCGGUGCAGGAGGACGAUGGGUACACGUCUCCGGUGCAGGAGGACGAUGGGUACAUGUCUCCGGUGAGAGGACAGGAUAUCGACAGAUUACAACAAAAACACAGAAAAGAUCAUGAAACAAAUCGUUACCUAAAUGAAUUGCUAAAAUACUGCAGGAUCCUUACUGAGACCAAGAAGAGACAUUGA